AUGAUUUUGGAUGAGGAAGAGAAGUUUGGUGGGCUGCCAGUGUCUCUGGAUGAAGUUGAUAAUUUUAGACACUGCAUCAACACUUGCAACUUAUCAAAUCUAGGCUUUAAGGGGAGUAUUUUUACCAGGUGGAAUGGAAGAUCAGAGGAGGAUUGCAUAUUCAAAAGGCUUGAUCAUUGCUUACGAAAUAUGGAACUGCAGCAAACUUUCCCAGGUUUGGAGGUUACACAUCUAUCCAAAAUAGGAUCUGAUCAUAGACCUAUGCUAUUGAAGUGUGACAUUAAAGAUGCUCCUAUCAAGAAAUCUUUCAGGUUUCUAAAUUUUUGGAUUAAGCAUGAUACUUUUAAGGUUGUGGUGAGGGAGAUCUGGAGUGCUGAUUUUAGUGCUAAUCCUUUUAUCCUCUUCAAUCACAAAUUAAAGAAGUUAAAGAAAGCAUUGUCUACUUGGAGUAGAGCAACAUAUGGAGACAUUUUUCAGAAGAUUUCAAGCCUGGAGGAAGUUGUCUUAGUAUAUGAAAGGCAAUUUGAAGCAUAUCCAACUAGGAUGAAUAGAGCAAGGCUGCAUAAGGUUCAAGCUGAAAUUAUCAGAUACCUUGCACUUGAGGAGGAGAACACAAAGUUCUUUCAUGCUCAAGUCAAUGGUCGAAGAAAAAUAUUGCAGCUCAAGAGGAUUCAAAAUAUCAGUGGCAACUGGAUUGAUGAGGAAGAACAAAUUGCAGCAGAAGCAGUCAACUAUUUCAAAGAUCAAUUUUGUGAAAAUGUAGCCCUUUCUGCAUUUUACAUUAUUGAUAAUGUGCCUUAUUUGGUUAAUAUCGAGCAGAAUGAAAAGCUAAUCAGCAUGCCUACAAGAGAAGAGUGGCCAACAACUUCCCAAAUGUGUGACACACACAAAUCUGGUCCUACUGCCAAAGAAGAAGGAGAUGAACAAGCUAGGUUUGUAAAAGGUAGAAGCAUAGUUGAGAAUGUUCUAUUAAUACAAGAGAUUAUCACAGACAUUAGGCUUAGAACUAAAGCUGGUCCUAAUGUUGUGAUUAAGCUUGACAUGACAAAAGCAUAUGAUAGGUUGUCAUGGCUGUUCCUGACCAAGAUGCCAAGGAAGUUUGGGUUUGGUGAGAGAUUUAUUGUCUUGGUGUUUAAUAUAGUGGGAGACAACUGGUAUUCAGUGCUCGUCAAUGGACAACUUCAUGGUUUUUUCAAAUCAUCGAGGUGUCUCAAGCAAGGUGAUCCACUCUCACCUACUUUGUUCAUACUAGCUGCUGAAGCUCUUUCAAGAGGCUUGAAUGCCCUGCAUCUGAAUCUGUAUUUUUGUGGCUUCGGUUUGCCAAAAUGGAGCCCAAAAAUAAACCACCUUACAUAUGCAGACGACACAAUUAUUUUUUCAUCUUCUGAUGCAACUUCCUUAAGGCUGGUGAUGGAAGUAAUAUAUCUUUAUGAGACUGCAUUUGGGCAGCUGGUGAACAAAGGCAAAUCUGCCAUCUAUAUGCAUCACUCGACUGAUUUGGAAGUGGUUAGGAAAGUAGAGAGAAUCACUGCUCUGUGGGAGGUAACAGUAGGCAUUGGGCUUCAUGGAACACCAAGUCUUUGGAGCUGUUUUAUGAGUCAAAAGUCCUGCAAGAAGCUCAAUGCAGUAGUAGUUCCAUGGAGGAGAAAUAGAUCACACGUGUGGAGGAAAAUGUUGGAAUGUAGAGAUUUAAUCGAGCAUCAGAUCACUUGGCAGCCUAAUUUGGGAUCCUCAUUGUUUUGGUAUGACAACUGGACUGGAUUAGGAGCCUUAUAUUUUCUUGUUCCUCCAGAAUUUGGGAUAGAUGAAGGCAUUCACAAUGUAUACGAUGUGGUGGAAAAUGGUUCUUGGAAUGUAGAUAGACUAUUGGAGGCUCUACUUGAAGAAUAUGCAAUGCACAUUUUGGAGAAGAUCAGACCUCUAAUAAAGAAUAAUGUACUAGAUACUCCCUACUGGAUGCUUGAAACUAGAGGGAAUUUCAGUGUCAAAUCAGCUUAG